AUUCAGUGCUGUAUUUGCCGCCAAAUUCGUCUUUCAGUAGCGAUUGAUACAAUUCAAGUGCCACUAGUGUGUUGUGGUAGCAUCCGUUACCAUGGUGAUGCAUGUGGAACUACAGGCUACUUGCAGCGCCCUUGGAUACCAGGAGGGGGACAAAUAUGUUAAGGAACCGGACUGCCUGGAAACUGUAAAAGAUCUGAUUCGCUUCCUGAAGCGUGAGGAUGACACAUGUGACAUUCGCCGGCAGCUCGGACAUGCACAGAUACUGCAGAAAGAUCUGAUCCCGAUCCUGAAGCACUACCAGGAUGAAGCUACACUCUUUGAGACCGUGCUCAGAUUAACAGUGAACCUGACUCAACCCACCGUUCUGUGUUUCGGGAACAAGCUGCCGACAGACAAGACCAUGAGGAACCACGCCCUGGAGAUAGACUCUCACCUGCAGGCCUACAAGGAGGCCUUCAUAGAUGAGGAACUGUUUGCUGUCUUGGCAGCAAAAGUUGGAGAUAUUUUAAAACUGGACUGGGAGUCUCGGCAUGAGGAGGACAGGCUGCUACUGGAGAGGCUCCUCAUUCUCAUCAGGAACAUCCUGCAUGUCCCCCCAAACCCCGAUCUAGAACAGAGAACUGAUGACGAUGCUAGUCUCCAUGACCAAGUUCUGUGGGUUAUCCAUGUGAGUGGUUUAGAAGACAUGAUCCUCUACAUUGCCAGCUCGGAGAAUGAGAGACAACUGUGUAUGCAUUUGUUGGAGAUUGUCUCCCUUAUGUUCAGAGAACAGACCCCCGACACCCUGGCCUGUGCUGGCAUGCAGAGAUCAAUGAGUGAGAAGGAGAAGGACGAGAGGGAGCUGGAGAUGAUAAGGGAGAAGGAACGAGCCCAGAAGAAAGCCAACAUGUUGAAGCACAGCACCAGACACUCCCGGUUCGGAGGAACGUACGUUGUGGCCAACAUGAAGUCCAUCAGUGACCGGGAACUCAUCUAUCACAAAGCACAGGCCGAUGUAAAAAACUUCUCCUUGGAUUCAAAUAAGCGACCCAAGAAGAAGCCUAAGAAUCGUCAGCCCAUCAAGGAUGUAGAAGUUAAACGGCGGUCCACACUCAGCAUCCGCUUAAGCCUGAAGGAGUUUUGUAUUCAGUUCCUGGAGAACGCUUACAACCCUCUCAUGUACGCCGUAAAGGACAACUUGGUCCGCGAGCGUACCCAGGAGCAUGACGAGACGUACUACCUGUGGGCCAUGAGGUUCUUCAUGGAGUUCUGUCGCCACCACAGUAAGAGGAUCGAGCUGGUCAGUGAGACGUUGUCAGUGCCAACGUUCCACUACAUCUACACCAACCUGAUCACCUACUAUGAGAUGAUAAUGACAGAGAAGACUGAGGCUGUCACAUGGAGCAAGAGAGUCCACCUGGCGCUUAAAGCUUACCAAGAGUUGUUGCUGACAGUGGACAUGAUGGAUAGAUCCAAGAACCCACGGCUCAUCGAGUCCGCUAAAGUCAUCAGGUGCAAUGUCUUCUACAUGAUGGAGUUUCGGGAUAUAUUUACAACUCUCCUGAAGAAGUUUGACCAGUCUAAACAGUCAAGAACGUACCUGCGGGACCUAGUGGAGACGAGCCACCUGUUUGUGAAGAUGCUGGAGUACCACUGCAAGAACAACUCCCAUUUGGUGGUCCAGAAGAAGAAGACCAAGAAGAAGAAGCCCAAGGUCAAGGCCAAUGUUGCACCUGAACCCUUGGAGCCAACACCUCAGGAGCUCGAGGACCUCUGGGACGAGAUCUCCAGUCAGCUCUCCUCCAUAUUCCAGGGUCGUGAUGAGGUGCCUGAUGUGGCGCCAUUUGAUGCUGCAUCUGAAGUAGAGGUUGAUCAGCAGAGAGUGGAUGCCAUGUGUCGUAUUCAGGACAGCAUGAGGAAUCGGUCCCCUGGUGAAGCCAUCGCCAUCUUCAGAGCAGCUCGGGAGGUGUGGCCGGAGCGUGACGAGUUCGGGACUCAGAACAUGCCCCCGGAGGAUGAGUUCAUGGCUCUACGGGAAAUCUUCAUGGCUCCGUUACCAAAGCCGAACCGCCCCAGCACCCAGACCCAGCCUGAGGAGUGGGAGGAGCCACAGCAGGAAGAGGAGGAAGAAGUGGAGACAAGCACAUCGGAGCAGGAGUUCGACUUCAUGGGGUUUAUUUUAACGUUCAGCAAGCCGGAGAUACUGAAGGCCUAUGGAAUCCUGCUGUCCGACUUCGAGAAGAACUCAGACCAUACCAACCACUGUAUCGUCAAGAUGCUCCACCGGGUCGCCUUUGACCUUGGCUACACAGCCAUGGUCUUCCAGGCGUCCAUAUUCCGCGUCUUUCAGAAAGUUCUCCUUGGCCCUUAUGCCAGACUUUCACGUUUCCGGGAGAUGAUAAAGUUUGGUACCCACAUCGUCCGGCGGUUUGUGGAGACGGCAGAACAGAACAAGAAGGUGUUUAUGGAGUUGCUGUUCUGGAAGGGAAGCAAGGAGGCCAUGGAGAUCUGCCAUGGUUACGGCACCGUCAGCUCAUCCAAGGGCAAGGUGCAGUGGUCUGAGGAGCUGGAGCAGGAGCUGCUGCGACUCUAUGAUGAAUUCCGCGAUGCAGAACACCCAGAAAAAGACACAGUUGACCUCAUCAUGGAACGUCUCACUGACCCCAGCAAGACUCGAGGUCAGGUCAUCCGUGAACUGAAGAAACAGGGUUUGAUUGGCAGUGCCAAGGAGCUGAAGAAGAAACCCUCGGGUAUAAGUCGCAGUGGCCCCUGGCGGGAAGAGGAGGAACUACAACUGACUGACCUCUACCAUCAGUUCAAGGACUCCAGUGAUCCUCUGGGAAACAUCUUGUCUAACCUGACCAACAAGAGGUCAAAGGCCAAGGUCAUUGAGAAGCUGAUCAAUCUGAGUUUGGUGAAUGAUCGGAAGGAGUUGUACAAGAAACGGAAGCGCAAGUCUGGCAAGGCGGGGUCGGACAGUGAGGAUGACGUGAGGAGAGGAAGCGACAGCGAUGACGGGUCUGUCAACAAUGAUGACGGUUUUGAAGGAGGACAUGAGAGGUUUGUAUCUUCAGCCAGCGAGAGCUCCAGUGAGGAGGAAACAGACCAAGGAAGCACAGCAGGGGGAGGGGAGGAGACUCGUUCGGUGGAACAGCGACUCAAGUCAGUUGUGCAGAACGGCUACAGAGAUCAGAUUGUCUGGAUACAGAGGGGGCUGAGGAGAACAGCCGAGGACAGGGAGAGGGAUGACUACAGAGUGGCCGUCCCGAUCGUGCCUCUGACGGAAGACAAUGAGACAGCAAUGGAGGACAAGAUGUUCCUCGACUUCCUCCAGCUCAUCGGGAUAUCUCCUCCCGCCAACGAACAGGAGGCUUUCUGGCGUAUUCCUGCACAUCUGUCAGUGUCAGAUCUCAACAACAUCAUCGAUGGCCUGGAACUGGAUGAAAAUGGAGAACCUAUAGCUGCAGAAAAAAUAAAACCAGUUCAGAAGGAGAAGGCGGCGAAGAAACAGCGCAAGACAAAAUCUGUGUCGGCAUCACAGAAGAAGGACAGAAAAGCAGCAGAGCAUCAGAAGAAGGAAGAGAAGAUGCAGAAACAGAAAGAAGAAAAGAAAAAGACUCGGGACAGGAUGAAAGCUCUGAAGGCGUUGGCCAAGCAGAGGAAGGACGGCAACAAGAGGAAGAGAAAAGAUACCAAUAACACCUCAGACUCUGAGGAAUCAGAGAAGGAAAAUAUUGGAGAGGAACCAGAAGACGCCAACAUACUCAAUGGCAACGUUCUGCUGGCAUCUGGAGCAAGGGAGACAACUCUAAUAAAGAAAAAGCCUCGAAUUAAGAAAGUGGUCCAGUCUGAUAGUGACAGUGAUGACAACCGACUGAUAAUUGCUGGCAGUGAAAAUAAUGACUCCGAGGCUGAAAAAGAUUCAAGUCGGCCCCCUGCGAAACGUCCUAAAUUGUUUGACUCUGAUAGUGACAACGACUCUCAACCAGUUUCUCAGCAGUCCGAGACAAGGGCGUCUCCAGAGAAGCAGAACAAACUGUUCAACUCAGACAGUAGUGAAGACGAAGAUAUGGACACUGUGGCACACUCCUCAAAUGUUGUGAGAGGUGACCGAGUGCAGACGGAUGAAUCCAGUAAUGAUAUUCCAUCAGCCUCCAUUGCCACUCAGAUAUCAUCACACCUUGCCAAUCAGUCACUCAAUUCAUCUCGGAUCACUGUUGAUGAUGAGGCGUCUGUGACCUCCUUGGCAGACGUGAAAGAAAAGCAGACGGUCAAGUCAGACGACUCAGACAGCGAUGCUGCGUCUGUGACUUCCUCCAUAGUGCCCUUGCAGACAGGCAAGAAGAUUCAGGAAAAUAAGUUUGAUGAUGAUUCUGAAGCUUCCUCGGUAACCACCCAGAAGAAAGGGAGAAAGCAAAUAACGAAGAAGAGUAGGAAAAUAAAAUCAGAUGAUGAUGAGUCUGGAGAUGACUCCGAAGCUUCUUCUGUAACCACGCAGAAGAAAGAGCGAAAGCAAAUGACGAAGAAGAGUAGAAAAAUAAAAUCAGAUGAUGAGAGAUCUGAUGUGGACUCUGAAGCUUCCUCAGUAACUAUGGAGAAGAAAGGGCGAAAGAAAAUGAUGAAGAAGAGUAGGAAAAUAAAAUCAGAUGAUGAGAUAUCUGAUGUGGACUCUGAAGCUUCCUCAGUAACCACCCAGAAGAAAGGGAGAAAGCAAAUGACAAAGAAGAGUAGGAAAUUAAAAUCAGAUGAUGAUGAGUCUGGAGAUGACUCCGAAGCUUCCUCCGUAACUAUGGAGAAGAAAGGGCGAAAGCAAAUGACGAAGAAGAGUAGGAAAUUAAAAUCAGAUGACGAGUCUGGAGAUGACUCCGAAGCUUCCUCCGUUACUAUGGAGAAGAAAGGGCGAAAGCAAAUGACAAAGAAGAGUAGGAAAUUAAAAUCAGAUGAUGACAGAUCUGAUGUGGACUCUGAAGCUUCCUCCGUAACUAUGGAGAAGAAAGGGCGAAAGCAAAUGACGAAGAAGAGUAGGAAAUUAAAAUCAGAUGAUGACGAGUCUGGAGAUGACUCCGAAGCUACUUCUGUAACCCCACAGAAGAAGGGGAAGAAACAGAUGACAAAGAAGAGUAAGAAAUUAAAAUCAGAUGAUGAUAAUGAAAAGUCGGACAGUGAAUCAGAAGCUUUGGUUACCUUGCAGAAGAAAAAGAAAAACCUGACAUCGAAGAAGGGCAAGAAGUUUAUAUCAGAUGAUGAUGACACUGAAUCAGUUAAGUCAGGAAGUGUCCAGAAAAAAUCUUUGAAAAAGCCAGGAAGCAAACAAAGGAAUGAGACAACUGGUUCAGAUUCUGAAGAUGAGGUACUGUCAGCAGUAAAGAAGACUUCUGCUCAGAGGAAGCGUGUAGAUUCGGACAGUGUGUCAAAUGCGUCAUCUGUGUCAAGAAGCGCAAAGAAAAAGCCUGCCAAGAAACCAGCGAAGAAGAAUGAAACUGAUGAAUCGUCCCAGAAAGCUAAGCCGACGCCAAAGACAACAAAGGGCAAGAAAGGUACAACAAAAAGUACAACUAAAUCUAAGCAAAAGAAGAAAGCUGUUGAUGAGAGUGAAGAUGAACCUUUGGAGAAGUUCUCAAAAUCUAAGAGCACCAAGUCUGAUGACUCCAGCUCUGAGGAUGAACCUAUAUUGGCAUUAGUCAAAGCUAAAACAUCCCAGGUGAAGAGACAACGCCCACAAGACUCCAGCAGUGAUGACGAGGUUCUGGCUUCAGUGAAGAAUCCUGAGAAACGCCAGCGCGUGACAGAGUCAGACACAGAAAUGAUGUCUCCACUCCAGCUGGCUGUGACCCCAACCCAGGAUUCCACACAGGAGGUCACACAGGAGGUCAAACAGGACCCCCGGAAGCUGUUCAACUCGGAUGAUGACAGUAGUGAUGACGAACCUCUUAUCAACUCAAGGAGAGACACAGGAUCCAAGGCGACAGACACCUUCCCCGCCACAUUGCUGACUCAGCCGGCUGGGGAGUCCGACUCAGAUGUUGACGAUCAUGUUCCACUACGGAGAGUCCUCAAGAAGAAGAAGGUCAUCGACAGUGAUGAUGAUUAACGCAGUAUACAGAACUGUCAGAUGUGAUUGAGUCAUUGCCUUCACGUGCAACUCAGUUGUGUGAUUGGCCUCAAUCUGUGUCAUGUGUCUGACAAGCUGUGGACGAAGAAAGUUCUGGCUUAGUGUGAAACGUGGUCAUUUGUAUGGAGAGUUCUCAUGAAGGUCAUCAACAGUGAUGAUGAACGUUGCAGCAUACAGCAUUGUCUGAUGUGAUUGAGCUCUUGUCUUAGUGUGAAACGUGGUCAUUUGUCUGGCCUCAAGCUGUGUAUGGAAAGUUCUCGUGAAGGUCAUCAACAGUGAUGAUGAACGUUGCAGCAUACAGAAUUGUCUGAUGUGUUUGAGCUCUUGUCUUAGUGUUCAACUCAGUCAUUUGUCUGGCCUUUGGUUGUGUCAUGUGUCUGACUUGAAGCUGUGUAUGGAGAGUUCUCAAUGUCAUUGACAGCAAUGAUGUUUGAUGCUGUAUACAGAAAUGUCUGAUAUGAUUAAGCUCUUGGCUUAGUGUGAAACAUGGCCGUGUGUCAGGCCUCAACCUGUGUAUGGAGAGUUCUCAAGAAGAAGGUCAUCGACAGUGAUGAUGAAAGUUGCAGCAUACAGCAUUGACUGAUGUGAUUGAGCUCUUGAAACUUGAUCGUGUGUCUGGCCUCAACCUGUGUAUGGAGAGUUCUCAAGAAGAAGGUCAUCGACAGUGAUCAUGAACAUUGCAGGAUACAGCAUUGUCUGAUGUGAUUGAGCUCUUGCCUUAGUGUGAAACGUGGACGUUUGUCAGGCCUCAAGCUGUGUAUGGAGAGUUCUCAAGAAGAAGGUCAUCGACACUGAUGAUGAAUGUUGCAGGAUACAGCAUUGUCUGAUGUGAUUGAGCUCUUGCCUUAGUGUGAAACGUGGACGUUUGUCAGGCCUCAAGCUGUGUAUGGAGAGUUCUCAAGAAGAAGGUCAUCGACAGUGAUGAUGAACGUUGCAGCAUACAUCAUUGUCUGAUGUGAUUGAGCUCUUGCCUCAGUGUGAAACAUGGUCGUUAGUCUGGCCUCAACCUGUAUCAGGCUUGCUGCUGGGAUGACCUAGUUCAGGAUUAAUCAUAGACAGCAGGCAUGAUAUCGAUGGGAUAUUGCUGACAGCUGUUUUAAACUACGUGUACAUUCACUAACUCACAAUUUACUUACAUUGCUGCACUUUAUCUUGUAAUAUAUGGAUGUACAGAUAACAUUGGAAGUGAUCACAUUGUCAGCACAUAUAUGUCUGCAUAUUGCAUGAUGUCCAUGUAUUAAGACGAGGAGGAUUUUGAAAAUGGGAUUUUCUUAAAAAGUCCAGAUUUUCUUAACUUCAGAAGUAGUUAAAUAUUGCACUCAGUGCAAAAAUAAGAAACUAAACAUUAAAGCCUCUUAUUGUUUAUUGGGGCUGUUGCCAGUGUAAUGCAGGUCACCCCUCUACAAACCAGUCACUUUAGAUAGUACUGUAAUAACGUGACGGUAUCACUGUGCGAAUUAUUACUGACAUUUGCUUCAGACUUAGGGCUGAUUAUCUGCCCAUGAGGAGGAUUGUAUGAAUCCCUCAUGACCUUAAAAUCUCAUUACAAUCAGAUCUUACUCUUAUGUGAUAACUCUCUGCGUGAAGGACACCUCCAUCGGAGGUCACGUCACUUUUUGCAUUUUAUCGUGCCCUGAUGGAUUGGAUUGUUGUUGAUGUGGUACCAGUUGAGACCGGUUUGUCUUGUCCAGACAUGUUUGUUAACACAUCACUGUGAUAUAUAUCGCUGGAAUAUUGCGGACUGUGACGUUAAACAAUGUUCAAAUAUUCACUCACUCACUCAUUCACUGAUUCAAUGGCAGGAAGGUCAUGUACUAAAUAAUGUAAAAAUUCAACCAUAAUCUUAUUUUAUGAGGGUAUGUUUAGACGUGACAUGAAUGUCACGUCCACAUAUUCGCACCCGUCAGGUUUUACAAGGUAGACACAAUUUUAUGGAUAACAACUUCUUUAAUACUGUAAAAAGCGACGUUUCAGUAUAGAUCCUUAUACCGUUGUCAAGCAAGACUGACAGUAUAAGGAUCUAUACUGAAACGUCGCUUUUUACAGUUUUAAGAAGUUGUUAUCCAUAAAAUUGUGUCUACCUUGUCAUCUGUCAACUUCUAAGAAAUGCCUAUCACACAAUUUCGUCAGGUUUUAGCUACGAAUCAGAAAUUUGUCUUGGAUUCUAAACUUCGUACCCUUGGCAGGCAAAUUGGGAAAAUGUUGUUCAAAAUUUGGAAUUUUCUUAUGUAUUUUAACAAUGUUUUUUAACAUUGCAUACAAUGCAAUAAUGAAAAGCUGUGCAUUUAAUCCUCUUCCUCUAUAUUGGUCCCGUGAUCAGUGAUAUAUUAGUCCCCUCUUCAAUGCCAUAACAUCAGGAUUGAAUUAGGAAAUUUGUUCAUCCCAAUAUGGGAUACUUGCUGCAGACAUGGGGCGAAGGACGGCCUUUGAGCAGGUCUGGCAACAUCCCUGAUGACCUGGAGUUAUAUAUAGAUUAGAUUAUAACAGUAACAGAAUUGUUUAGGUUAUAUUAAUUCAUAUUUUGUUUUGCUCAUGUUAUUUAUGGUCAGUAGUAACAGCAAGCACAGCAUCACAUGGUUCUGGUGUUGUGAUGACAGUUCUGCUGUGUUUCCCCUGAUACAUCCACGGCAGUAACUGUUGGAACUGCAGUACUUCACCUCUUAUAUAGUCAUGUAUACAUUAUGUAUGGUAUAAAUAAAGUGCUAUCAAUC